UCAGAGCCGCUAACCUUCAGCUAUCUUAUAGCCACUUAAGGACCAUCGUAAAUAGCGAGGUUCUCGUUCUCACCGCCAGAGCCGAGGAACAGAUGUAGGCCAGUUGGCGACCCAGUGAGAACCAUGCAUCUGAAUCGAGCGUCAACUGUUUUCGCCAUUGUGCUACUGUGCUACCACGUCGCCAUCGCCCUCAAAGCCUCCGAUCUGUUCAAAAUAUGCAACCGAAACGACCCUCAACUCAACGACUGCAUCAAGGGGACACUUGAAGAACUACGCUUCACGCUGAAAUCAGGAAUCUCGCAGCUCAGCGUGCCUUCGGUCGACCCGAUGGUGAUCCCCAAAGUGAGAGUCUUCCAGGGCUCGGGUCCCGUUUCCAUCGACUCGACGUUCACAAAUCUGCACGUGGAGGGAAUCACGAAUUUCGAGAUCACGAAAGUGGCUGCCGAUAUAGACAAGUAUCGGCUGGACUUCGAGGUGGCGAUCCCGUAUCUGCACACGCACGGUGACUACAAAAUCGACGGCAGAGUGCUCGUGCUGCCAAUCAGCGGUAGCGGCGACAGUUGGAGUAACUACACUGACGUUACAGGCACCGCUUCGUUGAUUGGUCAUAAAGAAACGCGUGACGGUCAGGACUACAUGAAACUGGACGAAUUCAAGUUUCACAUUGAAGUAGGACACGCGUCGAUACACAUGAACAAACUGUUCAACGGGAACAAGUUGCUCGGUGACGCCAUGAACAACUUCAUGAGCAGAAACUGGGAGGUCGUGUUCCAGGAGCUGAAGCCGGUGGUGGACGAGGCCAUCAGCGCCAUCUUCACUGACGCCGCCAGCAAAGUGUUCAACCGCUUUCCGUUCGCGGAACUGUUUCCAAGCAGCUGAACGAGGUGCUGUGGGAUGCUGGAGCCAGUCCCAGAUUAAUGGCCGCUUACCAACUGACAAAAGAAGUCGAGACUUUCGCUUAAACUUCAGCCACAAGAAUUUGUAUCUAUGUUACAGAACGUAAUCAAUAAAUAUUUCAGCACGCAAUGAGAAUAAUGCA